AUGGAUGAUCAGACGCGAAUGCUGGCGGGUCUCGCCGGACUCGGCGGGUUAUCGCAAGGCGACGUUGGCGACUCGGUUAGGAAACAGCUCGGUCAACCGCAACAAGACAUUGGGGAUAUUCUACAACAGAUCAUGGCCAUCACAGACGAAAGCCUGGACGAGGCGCAGGCCAGGUAAGAAACGUGCUGCGAGGGAAAUAUGGAGCGAAGAUGAGACAAUAUAUGUUUUUGUUCAUGCUGUCUUUUUGUGUUCUACAUUUACAUUUUAGUUAUUUAGCAGACGCUCUUAUCCAGAGCGACUUACAGUUAGUGAGUGCAUACUUUUUUUUUUCAUACUGUCGCUUGUUCGUUGCCUGGUAAAGUACAAUUGUGGAUAUGUUUGAUGUGAUGCACGCUGUUUUAUUCAGUCACUUGUGGUUUGUCAACAACAUAGGAUUCUAUUAUCUGACUAAUAAUUUAAUGGUGGGCUACACGAAUGAAAUAAACAGGCUUCUGACACAUACACACAGAAUAUUGCUGUAUGCUAUAGCCUAGCCCAGGGGCCGGAUCGUUGUUAUUUUUGUGUAAAAUCAGUUAGUUUUUCCCCCCACACAGGGGGAAAACUAAGUCAAAAUACUUUAAAAUGACUAAAACCAAAUCGAAACUAGAAAUGAUAAUAGACCUACAUUCAUAGUUUCCUGAUUGUGUCCAGCUCGCUAAAAAAUCACAAAAAUGAAAGCUAAACAGUCAGGUAGUAUCAAAUUCCUAAAAGGAUGGAUAGAGGACAAUUUUUUUAGCAAAUUUUGAAGGCAAGGAAAUACAACACAUUUUCAUUGCAGCUCUCCAGACCUUGUUGAAGACCGAAAUGCGGCCCCUGGGAAAAAUGAGUUUGACACCCCAGGCUUUGCCCAUUCAUAGACUCUAACCACCUUUAACGCCUAGUGACAAUAGUAUCUUCUGUGAGUUGCGUUAAGAGCCCCGCCGCUUACGCUAAACGUUAACAUGCAUCGCUUGUGGUACAGUUUUGGAAACAUAAGCAACGUAUCUUUCAUAUCAGCGAUAAAUAAUUUCAACAACAAAAAAGGUUGAAUUACUACACCCCUUUUUUAUAGGGCUUUAGGGUUCACACGUGGCCAUAUUUCCAUGUUAAAAUGCUUGUUUUCACGGAAAACAGACGGAAGACAUUCGACUACCAGGGCUAAUUGGCUAUCAGCGUCUCCCGAACACCUGUGUGUAAACGGAAGACAGACGCCACACAAACGUUAUCACUGAAAAAUACUGUCGGCUGCAACUGUUAAAACCGGUUAAAGCAGUGUACAGUAAGUGUAUAUUUUGCAUUUGUGAAAUUAUUUUGAUGGAUUAUUAAAGUAUUUUACAGCUCAAGAUUAGAUAAUCUCUCAUUGCGUUGUGGUUGUCACACAUAGUGGCAUCUGUGCCUGAUUUCAUGUUUUGACGUACCAUUAUAUGCAAAUAGCCCAUCAGAUUAGUUCCUAGGUUGUUGGAAAGCCAGGGCAAACAAUGUUACCCGGAUUAUGUAAAAUGUAACAUUCAGAUCUAUGAUACCUAGUCGGUUCAGCUCGAUCUCUUGAAGAGUGGACACAACCACAUGAAACCUGAAGUUUUCCCCAACGUGUUAAGUUUAAACAAGUUUUUGGCUGUCAUCAAAUGCUCAUGCCAUAUGACACUACUGCAUGGAAUAUAAAUACAUUUGUAGUAUACACUUGUAAAAACAUAUUUCAACUUGUUUAAAUACUAACACUUUGCAGCAGAGUUCAUCUCGGCACAUUGUACUGUCUACUAUUACUAAACCUACCUCCAAGUGAUGAUAGUGUGCGGCAGACCACCAUCUUUUUCAUACAAAGUGGAUGAACGUUAUGCAAUGUCACUGUUUUCCUCUUUCAAUUACAUUUAGCGUUAAUUUAGUGAAAAUAAUUAUGUCUACGUCACUGUGAACACAUGCAAGCUCAAUCAAACCAUUUGGUCCCACCGCAGGCCUGCCAAAUUGUGAGCCCCGCUAGAUAAAUGACAUGUUAGUGCUAUCUGAGAUCCCAUAACCCUUACCUAACCUUAACUCUUACCUAACCUUAACUCUUAUGUUACCAUAUUCCCUAUAUAGUGCACUACUUUUGACGUAGUGCACUAUAUAUAUAUAUAUAUAUAUAUACACACACACACACACACAGUGGGGAGAACAAGUAUUUGAUACAAUGCCGAUUUUGCAGGUUUUCCUACUUACAAAGCAUGUAGAGGUCUGUAAUUUUUAUCAUAGAUACACUUCAACUGUGAGAGACGAAAAUCCAGAAAAUCACAUUGUAUGAUUUUUAAGUAAUUCAUUUGCAUUUUAUUGCAUGACAUAAAUAUUUGAUACAUCAGAAAAGCAGAACUUAAUAUUUGGUACAGAAACCUUUGUUUGCAAUUACAGAGAUCAUACGUUUCCUGUAGGUCUUGACCAGGUUUGCACACACUGCAGCAGGGAUUUUGGCCCACUCCUCCAUACAGACCUUCUCCAGAUCCUUCAGGUUUCGGGGCUGUCGCUGGGCAAUACGGACUUUCAGCUCCCUCUAUUGGGUUCAGGUCUAGAGACUGGCUAGGCCACUCCAGGACCUUGAGAUGCUUCUUACGGAGCCACUGCUUAGUUGCCCUGGCUGUGUGUUUCAGGUUGUUGUCAUGCUGGAAGACCCAGCCACGACCCAUCUUCAAUGCUCUUACUGAGGGAAGGAGGUUGUUGGCCAAGAUCUCGCGAUACAUGGCCCCAUCCAUCCUCCCCUCAAUAUGGUGCAGUCGUCCUGUCCCCUUUGCAGAAAAGCAUCCCCAAAGAAUGAUGUUUCCACCUCCAUGCUUCACGGUUGGGAUGGUGUUCUUGGGGUUGUACUCAUCCUGCUUCUUCCUCCAAACACGACGAGUGGAGUUUAGACCAAAAAGCUCUAUUUUUGUCUCAUCAGACCACAUGACCUUCUCCCAUUCCUCCUCUGGAUCAUCCAGAUGGUCAUUGGCAAACUUCAGACGGGCCAUGACAUGCGCUGGCUUGAGCAGGGGGACCUUGCGUGCACUGCAGGAUUUUAAUCCAUGACGGCGUAGUGUGUUACUAAUGGUUUUCUUUGAGACUGUGGUCCCAGCUCUCUUCAGGUCAUUGACCAGGUCCUGCCGUGUAGUUCUGGGCUGAUCCCUCACCUUCCUCAUGAUCAUUGAUGCCCCACGAGGUGAGAUUUUGCAUGGAGCCCCAGACCGAGGGUGAUUGACCGUCAUCUUGAACUUCUUCCAUUUUCUAAUAAUUGCGCCAACAGUUGUUGCCUUCUCACCAAGCUGCUUGCCUAUUGUCCUGUAGCCCAUCCCAGCCUUGUGCAGGUCUACAGUUUUAUCUCUGAUGUCCUUACACAGCUCUCUGGUCUUGGCCAUUGUGGAGAGGUUGAAGUCUGUUUUAUUGAGUGUGUGGACAGGUGUCUUUUAUACAGGUAACGAGUUCAAACAGGUGCAGUUAAUACAGGUAAUGAGUGGAGAACAGGAGGGCUUCUUAAAGAAAAACUAACAGGUCUGUGAGAGCCGGAAUUCUUACUGGUUGGUAGGUGAUCAAAUACUUAUGUCAUGCAAAUUAAUUACUUAUAAAUCAUACAAUGUGAUUUUCUGGAUUUUUGUUUUAGAUUCCGUCUCUCACAGUUGAAGUGUACCUAUGAUAAAAAGUACAGACCUCUACAUGCUUUGUAAGUAGGAAAACCUGCAAAAUCGGCAAUAUAUAAAUAGGAAUAGGGUGCCAGUUUGGACGCAUGUAAAUACACUACAUUGUCAUUAGCAUAGAUAAUCAGGCUGCCUUUAAUUGAGCCGUCGCUGUCGGUGAUGAGCUUUUGAAAUUCAAAUGGUCGUUAGUUAAAAUGUUGGAAGGACUUCACUUGUGUGGGCUUGUAAAAAUGAUUCGCAUCGCCAUAUCUGAUAUUUCCAUAACCAUGUUGAUGUGUCAUAUAAUAGCAUGGUGUAGGUAUAGGACAUGUUAAUCAGUCACUUGUGUUUUGACAGAGCAAUCAUUAAAAUUGUAGGUCUCUCACUUCACUUGUUAAUGUAUGCGUAAUAUAUCUGUUUGCAUAUCUUGACUCUUGGUGUGUGUGUGUGCAUGACAAUAAGCAAAUUACCCAUAUUCAUGUGGCUCCGAGGCGUAGGUCCACUGAAGUCGGGGGAAGGAGCAUCAGAAUUGUGAACAAAAGACGCGGCUGUCCCAAUGCAAGACUGUGGCCAGUGUGUGUGAUGUGUCAUUAGCUAGUGAUUUUCCACCGCACAUUUGACCACCUGGUUCUCUUAAUUAAUUCACUCCCUCCCUUCCUGGUGGUGUGCAUCCUUUUCAUUUUGCACGGGGUGCAAUCAAUUCUCCUAUAAUGUGUACGGGAGUGCAGCUGUCCAAAAAUCGAGUUUCUAUUAAUGAGAUUUGGGGGGGGGGAUGCUGGACGCUACAAGCGCUGCUUAUGAUGACUCUGAACUCAAGGAUAUAACUUUGAAGACAUAAUUAACUAACUGGAAUACGUGUUCAAUAAAUAAAUUAGGCCCAAAAUAAUGUUUGUGUGUUUACUAUGUUGAAGACUUCUUUCUUUCUCUCAAUGUCUAUGGUGCUGUACAUGAUGUGGUUGUGUGUGUGUUUUUAGAUGGCUGUUGUGCUAUAGAUUUAUACUCAGUGUCUGGGCGAUGUUCAAAGUUGAGCAGUUCAUUCUUUUUUUUUAUGACUUGCCAAGCAUUUUUCGGAGCAUGAAUAGGCCAAUCCACAUCAGGGCAUCUCUGAUACUAAUAAUAGAGUUACACCACCAUUACUCUGACUAUGCAUUCAAACAUAAAGCCCACUUUUUGUAACAAUUAAACAUAGGCAACAUUUUUCUGAGAAGGGAUUCAAUGAGUCUGGGAAGAAGGCACUUAAUAUGUUUGCCGUAGGCUAGACCGAGCAUGCGUCUCUGGCACUUCUAAAGAAGUUCUACUACACCACCACUCUUACUCCUUAGUACAUCCUGUUGUUUACAUGUGUUCGGCCUUCUCAUCGGAGGAUGGAGUUGGAAACUCUUAGGCAGCAGUUAAGGCCUAUUAUUAUGUGUAGGGUGGUCACGAUACCAGUAUCGCGAAACUACGAUACCAGAUUUUCCUUGGCAAAAAGGAAAACGCAAAGCAGACUGAACUCUUUGGUCCUUUUUAAAAAGAUCUACUGCUUGUAAAAUAUUUUGUGCUAUAGCUUGGAAAAGAAAUGUGAUUCUGGGUGACAAUGUAAAGCUGUUUGUUUCCAACAUUAGGACUGUUUCCCUCAGGAAAUGUAGUCUGCUUCAUUGCAUUUUACAUUCUAGUCAUUUAGCAGACGCUCUUAUCCAGAGCGACUUAGUUAGUGAGUGCAUACAUUUUCAUGUUUUGUUUCCUUGCAAUGAUACCUCUGAGUAUCGCGUCAACCCUAAUUAGGUGUAUAUGCAGAUCUGAAGACCUGUGAUGCUCUCGAUCAGUGAAAUUAUCCACUAGUAGUUUCUCUCAGCAGAUUUAGGCUAGAUUGAUAGAUUUUUAUUUUAAAGUUUAACAAAAUACAUAUACACACAGUAUACAUUUGAAAACUUGCCAGGGAUGACACAGUCAAUUACUUAUUUCCAUACAGCAGCAGGGUGGAGAAAGAGUCAAUGGAUGGUUGAUUUUCGACUUGGAUAUGAUAUAGCCCAUCAAGGAUUAGCCCUAGUCCAUGAUUUAGAUGGUCUGAUAAAGGCCUAAUUAAUUCUAUGAUUUACAUUUUAGCCUUUGAUUUUGGACUAAAUGCUCUCCUAUCACUCGAAACGAGAGGGCCAAAUGAGGUGACUGCCACUUUGGUUUGGCAUAUUUCUACAUACACAGACACACGCCAUCAAAUGUAGCCUGCCUAGGCCAUGCAUGUCACCUGUGGGGCCCCUUGCAUACAUACCCUUAUACGGACCUGGAGGGGGGGUGGCAGGAAAGGACAGAUGAGAUGGAGGGACAACACAGUGCCCUGCUAGUGCACUACGUACAGGUCUAACCUAGUGUGGUAGGAUGGCUAAUGUUUUACUAUUUGGGUGGCAGCGGAGAUAACAGAUGAGGAGACAGCGACGACAACAGCAACAACAGUGCCCUACUAGUGCGCUACCACUCUACCUGUCCUGCCCGCCCCUCACCCUCUCCCCCUGUUACCCCAUGUCCAGAUGCUGGCCAGAGGAGUCGCCGGCGCACUGGGGUGGAUCAGAUGACCCCGCAGAGGGAGGGGGAGCUGGGGGGGGCACGGCAGGGGGUGGCCUGCCGCUCAACUUCCAGCACAGGUCAGUAGUGUACAGGUCUACAGGACCCACAGGACCGACCGCAUGCCCCAUGUGAGCACGAGCACCACACCUCCCCCUGCUCCUGCUCAUACCCCCCUGACUCCCCACCUCCCUCCAUGGCCCCUCUCCCACUCAAAUCCAGCAGUGAUUAAAAAAAAAUUGGGGUUUACCUGAACAGCUCUCUUGCAAAAUAACAUUUUAGCUCAGUGAGACAAACCUGUGGAAAUAAAGGUUAAAUAAAACAUGUAAUUAAGACUGACACACAGGUGGACACAAUUAUGCACUCACUCGAACGAGUAAUGUAACGAACGAUCCCCUCGUUAUCGGCAGACACAUCAAUUACACUUCUUGUCAGCAUAUAAAUACUCACGCAUUUCCCAAUAUGAUAUAGCCUACUACAUGGACACAACUGGAGUUGAGGUUAGGUGUUAUUCAUCUGUUGUAUCAUGGUUGUUUCAUUCUCUCUCUGAUGCCUGUGUCAGGAAUGUUUCAAAACAGCUGAUCAGUUGAACACCUUUUUACCUUUGUCAACCUCCCCUUUCUGGGUAGUAUUACUUUUACCUGUAUUAUUUUGUCAAUUUUUUGUUAUCCAUCAAAUUCAUGAAUGUACGUUUUAGCUGUAGUGUAUUUCAGCACAUUAUCUCCCAAUGGAUUUCAUAUUUUCUGAACACACCUAAGUUUGAAAAUGAAAUGUUUUGUGGUUUAUAAAUAGGCGUAGAUGCAAAGAAUUGCAUAAAGGUUUCCUUCAGUUGAGGACCACAGCUCUAGGGACUCUGGAAGGGCUCAAUAUUAAGCUCUUUACUGAAGCUGCACAGAUCAGAGCAAUGAGGGAUAUGUGAGUCAUGUUUCUGUGUGUGUGUGUGUGUGUGGUGUCUCAGGGGUUUUCAAACUUCAAUGUCAACGCCCCCAUUAUGAGCCCCUGGGCAAGGACCCCUUACUAAAAAUGUAUUUUCACGAGCCGCCAUUUAAGUUCCUGAGAGUCGCAUGCAGCUCGUGAGCUUUCCAAUGACUCUUAUCCAGAGCGACUUACAGUUAGUGAGUGCAUACAUUUUCAUACUGACGGGCACUGAUUACCAGUGGUAAUCCUGCUAUUUUACACAUUUUGCCAUGAGGUUUAGAGAAUUUUGCAGUUUUAAAGCAAAUUUCCUGCUAUGCUACACAUUCUGCCAUGGCUUAUGCCGUGUUCAUAUGCUAUCAGAGCAGUUUUGGAUCCGUAACUACGUUUUAGUUGGGGGCCUGCCGCCGGAAAUAUUAAUAAUAAUUUGGUUGGGGGUGACCCCUGGAGGUCGGGGCCCCAGGGCUGCCGUUAGUAAUAAGGCCUUGACUACCACUGGUGUACAGCUAGUACUAAGCAGUGAUGAAGCCUGGCCCAUUAGUUUGUUUUUACAUAAUUUUUUAUUAUAAUUGAGAGUUUAUAAUAUAAAUAAAAGUUGAGUGGGUGUUCAGCAGAGUAUGCUUUCCCCCAAAAUUGCUGUGAGUGUACGAACGUAACAUGUCUUGGGAGGGAACUUUAUUACAGUGCUAUGGGGGACCAAGAUGUGAAACUGUGAGUGUAUCCUAGACCUAUAUCUGUCAUUCAUUAAUAUCAGAGCUUGUAACCCAGAUGUAAAAAUCUAGCCAUUGUGGUAUAAUUUCUUUGUUUUAAUUCCUGUGAUGAUACAACAAUUGUCUUGAGCCAGUACUACGUUCUCCUUUAUUUAUAUUGGCUUUUAUAUUUAUUGAUAUUAUAUUUUUUCCACUAAUACAGAACCUUGCGCUACUAGAUCAAUGCUGGAUGGACGAACCUCAUCAAAUCAAAUCUAGUUCGCUUUGCUAUGGAGCAGCACAUGCUAUGAAAUAACUAGAAUAUAUGCCUGCUUGUCUUAAUCUUAUCUCCAACUCACUCUCUCCUUUCUCGCCGGCAGGAAACAUGCCCUGAACUGUCACAGAAUGAAGCCCGCCCUCUUCAGCGUUCUGUGUGAGAUCAAAGAGAAGACAGGUGAGUCUCCACUUCUCUUUUUGUUCUCAGCUCUCAUCCCAGUCUGUCUGAAUCCC